UCGUGCAGCGCCACAGGAGCGCUGCGCGCGCAUGCCCGAUCGCGACACGAGGCGACGGCGCUUCUUCACGCUCGUUACCGGCGCUUUUGGCUCAUGGCAACCGUACAACGUACAAGUGUCGUGUAGUGCUUAAGACUUUUAGUGUGCUCUCGUGGACUUUUCUCAUCCGAGAAGUGACUGUGCGAACUCGAGGUGAACCCUUGGGUGCAUUCGUUUACGCAGUGACUGCAGCAGAUGUAGUUCGUUUACUCUGCCUGCGAAACGACUGCAGCGCAGUUUGUCGUUCGUUUACGCAGAGAUGCAUCCUAUCUGCGCAGCUACUUCGGAGGUCCUGCUCUGGAUGCUCUGCUUGCAGUACUGCGUAAGAAAACGGAAAACUGUCUGGAAAGCAAGAAUUGUCCGUUAGUGCUAUCCUUAAUUGACAAUGAAUUAUUUCAUAAAAGUAAAAAAUCAAAGAGGUGAAGAUCACCUGUUAGAAAUUGAUCCUACAAAAAUGAAAUUAAUGCAAGGUGCAGAUUCUACUGCAAUUCCUGAUUAUAAAAUAACUUCGUCUACAAUCGAUGUACAAGGACCGUCAGAGAAACGUGAAUUUAAUAUUUCGAUUCCGUCCUCAUCACUUUCCCACAGUGUUGCACGUACACCUUUAACUUCUCCAAAGCACUUGACGUCAAAACCAACAGUCCAAGAUUUCGACAAUCGUCAAGCUUUUCAUUUGAUUGAUACAAUGACAACUUCUGGACUUCCAUUUGCUACUAUUCCUUCUUCACUUUUGCAUCCAAAUCCUAUGGACGAUAUGGAAAAACAAUUGCCUGCAAAGAAAUUGAAAACAGAAGCAUCUUUACCACCAACAGAAAAUGCCUCUAAAGAGAGUUGGACAGAAGCAGAAAUUCAGCUUUUACUUGAACGACGUCUUAGUAUGAAUGAUAAGUUUGAAAACCCGAACAGCCGAAAGACACCAUAUUGGAAUUUAAUUGUUAAAGCUUUUGAAGAAAAGGGUUACAAA